UCUAAGACGUAUAGGAACUAAUGGUAUUAAAGAUAACAGUUUUUUCUGCUGGACGAACUCAAUACAAUAUGUCAUAUAUUAAAAAUUCUGUCGGAAACAACAUAUUGUGAAGGAAAGGAAGUGUUCUUAAGAAGAUAAUCGUACGUAUUAAAUUCGAGUUUCAAUGUCUAUAAUAAAAGGAAUCACAUUAGAAGAAGAAAUGAAGAAGGAUCCUCAAUUGAAACUAUCAGAUAUACAAUCACUGAGAGAGUGGUGCAAGAAACAACCGCACUUGCCAAAAAUUGAGGACAGCUUUUUCGCUUUGUACCUUCACAGCAAUUACUAUCAAAUGGAACCAACGAAAAACACAAUCGAGAAUUAUUAUACGACCAGAACGUAUUUACCAGAAAUUUUUUGCAGUCGGGAUCCGCUUGAGGAAAAGGGAUUACGACAAGCCUUCAAAAUCUCGGCUAUUUUUCCUCUGAAUGGAUUAACAAAGGAUGAUUAUACGAUGAUAUUUGCAACAUUGCUGGAUAGCGAUCCUUCACUCUUUGAUUGUAAUAACUGCCUAAAAUAUGCCGUAAUGUUAUCCGACAUAUAUUUCCUGAUGAAUGGUACGAAUGAUGGUUACAUUUUCAUCUUUGACGUUAGCAAAUUAUCUUUCGGUCAUGUUAUGCGAAUAAAUCCAAUGGGAAUAAAGAAAUAUCUAUACUAUCUCCAAGAGGCAAUGCCGAUACGUCUAAAGGCAAUCCAUUUUCUAAACGCAACACCCGUCAUGGAAUUAUUGAUGAACAUGGCGAAGCCUUUCAUGAAAAACGAGUUGAUAGACAUAAUACAUUUCCACUUAUCAUUAGAGAGCAUUUCUGAAUAUAUCCCAGUGGAUGCGUUGCCAAACGAAAUGGGUGGAAAAGCGGGUUCUGUGCAUAAACUAGCUCAAAAUCAAGUGAAGGAAUUAGAAGACAAUCGCGAGUGGUUUCUGCUGGAUGAAGCAACCAGACGCGUUAACGAAGCAUUAAGAAUUGGCAAGAGCAAAACAGUAAAUGAUUUGUUUGGUAUAGAGGGUAAUUUUAAAAAACUUGAUAUAGAUUGA